GCCAUUGAAUAUUAAGCCAAAAAAAUAAUGUGGUAAGAUGGAUGAUGGAUGUCUGAGUUAUUGCCGAAGUCGAUGCUCAAUAUUCAAUGACAAAUGCAAGGAAUUGGCCGAGCAACACGAUCUUGCCAGGAAACGCUUAAGCUUGCAAUUCUACAGCACCGGCAUGGAAGGAGUACAGCUGGGAGGAAAAAUGUAUUUUCACGUCAUGAAUGUGUCACCACCUCCAACCCCACCAUGGAGCAGAAGGGAUUGGAGAAUACAACAGUGGCAGAAGUACUGAUGACAAAGGGAGAAGAGAAAAGUGGAUCUUGGCUCUGGUGUCGCACCAAUGACACUGUUUAUGAUGCUGCAAAGCAUAUGGCAGAAAAUAACAUUGGGUCUCUAGUGGUUCUAAAGCCAGGAGAGCCAAAACAUAUUGCUGGCAUUUUCACAGAAAGAGACUACAUGAGGAAGAUAAUAGCACAUGGAAGAUCCUCCAAAGACACUAAAGUUGGGGAAAUCAUGACUGAUGAGAACAAGUUGGUGACUGUGAGCUCUGAUACAAACAUUCUCCAAGCAAUGCAGCUUUUGACAGAGUAUCAGAUAAGGCAUGUACCAGUGAUAGAUGGAAAGAUAGUAGGCAUGAUUUCCAUAGUAGACAUUGUCCGAGCGGUGGUGGAGCUGCAAAGUGGGGAAGUGAAGCGACUGAACGAGUUCAUUAAAGGAGAUUACUAUUGAAAUAUACCGGAUGAUGUCCAGAUCUAUUAGAGCAAACUGUAAAAUCUGAUGCCCAUCAAAAGUCUUUUUUUAUUUUUUUUAUUUUUAUUUGAUAGGCAAAUAAGAGUGUAUAUUAAUGACUAUAAAAAGAAUGCCAAACUAGGAGGGAUGCUCAUCAAGCUUAUAUGGGAGAUGUAAAUUUGCAGUCUGUUGCCUGAACAAGCAUCCCUCCUUCAUACUUAUUUGUGUGGCAAACAUGUGAAACAACUUCAUGGGAAUGAGAAGUUCGAUCUUGUUAA